AUGCCUGUCCAGAAAGCUAUUAAAACCAUAUCCCCUAAAAAUGAAGGCCUCGUCUUCGACUGGCCUAUCCCGGCCCUCCGUGAUGAUUACAUCCUCGUCAAAACCGUCAGUGUGGCCUUGAACCCAACCGACUGGAAGCAUAUCGACUUUUUCGCUCCGGUGGGUUGCCUUAUGGGCUGUGACUAUUCUGGCAUAGUCGAGGCUGUUGGCAAGGACGUGAAGAAGCCGUUCAAAAAGGGUGACCGCAUUUGCGGCUAUGCACAUGGUGGCAAUUCGAUUCAGCCAGAGGACGGCUCUUUUGCCGAGUAUAUCAUUGUCAAAGGUGAUACCCAGAUGCUGGUUCCCGAUAAUGUCAGCUUUCAAGAUGCAGCUACCUUGGGAGUUGGUGUUGCCACAGUAGCCCAAUCGUUGUAUCAGUCAUUGAAACUCGCUCUACCAACCCACCCACUCAGCAAGGAGCAGUCCGUUCCCAUCCUCAUCUAUGGGGGUUCCACUGCAACGGGUACUCUGGCUAUCCAGUUUGCAAAGCUAUCGGGUUACCGUGUCUUGACCACUUGUUCACCGCGGAACUUUGAUCUUGUCAAAAAACUCGGUGCUGAUGCCGUGUACGAUUACAAGGAUCCCCAGGCACCCGAGGAGAUACGCAAGUCCACUAACGACAAUCUCACUCUCGUCCUCGACAACAUUUCUGACGAAGCAAGCGCUGCAUUCUCCGACAACGCCCUCUCUACUUCGGGUGGUGAUUACGUUGCGCUUCUACAAAAGCCGGGGAUUCCACGAGCUAAUGUCAGAGAUCGUUCGAUUCUGGCAUAUACCGCAAUUGGAGAAUAUUUUGAGUUUGCAGACCCUGAUUCCAACACAACUAUCAAAUUUGAGGCGAAGCCGGAGGAUAAAGAAUAUGCAACCAUGUUUUGGGGUAUUACUGAGCCACUAUUUGCUGAAGGCAAGCUGAAACCACACCCCGCCAAAGUCAAUCCGGGCGGCCUCAAAGGAGUUCUAGACGGGCUGAACCUAAUGCGAGAAGGUAAGGUUAGCGGAGAGAAGCUGGUUUACAAUGUGGACGAAACGAACUAG